GCGCUUUAGAAAAUCAACCAAACUUUUUGGUUGUGUGUAAAUAAUAUUUGUAAGGGUGUAUAACGACCCUGAAAUUUCUUGUGGUCAUUAAGAUAAAAAUUUUUUCCGAGUACACGAAGACGCCUCCAUCAUUCAUUGAAACCUUAAAUUUUCUCACGUAUCUAACACACGACAGUAUCCAAUUAUACAACAGGUUUAAAAAAUGUUCUCAACCGAGUUGACGAGCCGAUUUAUCGCCCUCGAGAGAAUCCACGCAACGUAUCUCCGGCACGCGAUCCUUUUCGAAAACCACCGCGUUGAAUCCCCGUAGUUUGAUGCACCGACAAAAAAAGCAAAUGAAAGCGUUUGAAACUGGGCCUAAAUUUCUCUUUGAUCGGGGUCAUCCCCGCACGGGUGUUGGGCCCAACCGGUGGUCACGUGCAACUCGUUUUCCACUCGGAGCCGGGAGCUUCGAAGGAGUCGCUUCGUGACAUAAGUCGUAGGAGCUGCAGUCCUUCGAGAGACGAGAUCCAAGUCGAGCGCGAGGUGCGUUCCGUUCUCCACGUUCUCCACGCCCAAGAACAAGUCCAUCGAUAGAGUGUACAAACGUUUUACAAGAAUGCGCGGCAUUGACCUCUUCGUCCUCACCGUGACGCUGGUCCUGCUGCAGGACGAGAAGAUCCUCGCGGAGGAAUCCAAGGCCACCGAUCGACUGGGCAACGAGUCAAAACCGUCCCUGUCGAAGCAAACCGCAGUCGCAGUUCCGGUCGAAACGUCGACCGCUGCUCAGGCCCAGGUCACAGCCACUAGAGAGGGGCCUUGCCACUGCGCCAACGGGGUCUGCGGGUGUUGUUCGAGGAUCCUUCUGAGCACUUUUCGCCAGAAGGCCUGCGUCAACGUCACUUACGAACCGGACGACUUCCGGUUCACCGCUAACGUCCUGAUGAACGACAGGGUCCUCUACACAAGAAGCGUUUCCGGCAAAAAUCCGCGACCCUUUUGCGUUCCGGUUCCUCGGAUUCCGAUCGUCAGGGCCUGCGUCAGAUUCUACAACAUAUACUUCCAGGGUCGAAAUGUCCACGCCUGCGUAAACAUGGAGGGAAAGUUUCAGGACACGACUCUCUUCAAGGUUGGUCUGGAUUGCCUGAGACUCGGAUCAAAAGGCGUUGCUGUGGUAAAACCUGAAGACGGCGGAGGAUUGGGCCUGGAAUUCUUGCCCGAAGACGACGACGACGACGACGACGACGACGAUGAUGACGAGGAAAACGACGAGUACGAGGGAAACGACGCGGGGGAUAACGACGACGAUGACGAAGACGAUGACGAUGAUUUAUUCGACUACUGAAA